AAACAUCAAUGAUAUACGGCAGUAAUAUUAUAGUGCUUAAUGAAGCCUUAAAAACAGAGUUGGAAAUUUAUGUGGAGAAGUUUCGGUCCACCAUAAAUCCAAAGAUAGGCAACGAUAAGUCAUCCCCAGUUUUUGUCAGCAGCCGCAAUAUGGCACUGACGCAUUCAGCAGUUGCUAACGGCAUGACCACGUGUUUUAAACGUGCUAAAGUCUUUGAAUUCAACCCUGAGGAACAGUUCACGAAUCUGAGAAUUUGUCCAACUCGGAUUCGUAUUUCCAUUGCGACUGAAAUGUGUGGCUUUGGAGAAGAAAAUAUGGACCAAUUUGCCAGGCAAUACAUGAAAAAUCGUACGGGAACGACUGCCACAUUCUAUGUGCGUCGUUAUGCUAAUAGGGAAGCAGCAGCUAUAAGUUGGCGUGUAGGGACAAAGUUCAAGGUUUUAAGAGAAAUAAACAGCACUUCAACACCAACCCAAGUUAAAAGUAAGUGUUUUUAAAAAUAUCAUUACUGC